AGCGAGGUGGGCUGUCCGUUGGCCGGGAAGCGGAAGUUGCUCUGUGAAUGGGGAUGAGUGCGCUGUUUCUGGCUGCUUUCGCUUUGUGAGGAUCAGGAUGAGCUAUGACCGAGCGAUCACCGUGUUCUCCCCGGACGGACACCUCUUCCAGGUGGAAUACGCCCAGGAGGCCGUCAAGAAGGGCUCCACCGCGGUUGGUGUCAGAGGGAAAGAGAUUGUGGUCCUUGGCGUUGAGAAGAAAUCUGUAGCCAAGCUUCAAGAUGAGAGGACAGUGCGGAAAAUCUGUGCCUUGGAUGAAAACGUGUUUAUGGCUUUUGCCGGUCUCACAGCUGAUGCUCGUAUUGUUAUAAAUCGUGCCCGUGUUGAAUGUCAAAGUCACAGACUCACAGUGGAGGAUCCAGUGACUGUGGAAUAUAUCACACGGUAUAUAGCCAGUUUGAAACAGCGUUACACUCAGAGCAAUGGCCGUCGUCCUUUUGGAAUAUCCGCUCUGAUUGUGGGUUUUGACUUUGAUGGGACUCCUCGUCUCUACCAGACUGAUCCCUCUGGAACCUACCAUGCUUGGAAGGCCAACGCAAUUGGCAGAGGUGCUAAAUCUGUGCGUGAGUUCCUAGAGAAGCACUACACCGAGGAAGCCAUUGAAACAGAUGAUCUGACUAUUAAACUCGUCAUCAAGGCUCUGCUAGAAGUCGUUCAAUCCGGGGGUAAAAAUGUGGAGUUAGCAGUAAUGAGAAGAGAUCAGCCACUAAAGAUCCUCAGUCCAGACGAAAUCGAGAGAUAUGUGGCUGAAAUUGAGAAGGAAAAAGAAGAGAAUGAAAAGAAGAAACAGAAAAAGACAUAAUACUCCUGUUGGAAUCACACUUACUGUGCAUAUUGUUUAGUCUGUGGGAAAGAACUAUUAAAUAAAGUCUUCUUUUUUUUUUU